AUGAGCCCGCGUGACGAGAGUAGCGCUCGAAACAUCGCCUCAGGCUAUGGCUACAACCACAGCAAUGGCAAUAGUAACAGCUACCGCGGGGACGGGGACGGGGAGAAGGUUACAAGAAACACAUCACACCGCGCAGAAACGCAUGUUGACCACCGCUCCGCCAGACUUUCGUCUUCAUCUCGCCAGCCGCCCCAACCAUCCGGCCGCGAAGCUCUGAUGACGGACCGGAAUGCCCAUUUCAACGGAUAUCAAAGCACACGUGAUCGCGACCAGGAUCGCUCGAGGUCACGCUCCCCUUACCGUCGGGAUCGUUCGCGCUCGAGGUCGCCUUAUCGUGCAGAUAGAGAGCAGCCGGCACGGGAGAAGCGUCGGCACCAGGACGAUCAUUACGGCAGAGGCUCGUCGGAUCCACGCAGACACAAAAUAUACGAAGAUCGUGCUGCUCCACGAGGAAGUGGCAUCGGCUAUGGUGGUAGCAACAGUUAUCGUGAUCACGACCGUCCUGAUCGACGGAGCUCGGGAUUGCCUCACGAAGAUACGAAAUCCCGUACAAGCCACGACUCCGCUGGACAGCGGGACCGCAGCCGAUCGCCAUACCGUGCAUCACGCGAGGAUAACGCUCGCCCGUCGAGUAGACAUUCAAAUUCGAGCGCCGCUUCUCGACUAGAAAAUCAUGUCAAGCCGCGCAGCAAUGCGCCGGCAGCACAACGCGAGUUCACCCCGACCGACGCUGCCAAAGAAAAUGAUACUAAAUUGAAAACAUCUCAAUCAGGACAGCAGAUGCCACCCCCCGAUGAGGCCAUCAAUGCAAGUAAUGAACCCGAGGAGGCUGCUCCAAAGCUAUCGGAAGCAGAGAUCAUCGAACAGCGUCGCAAAGCGCGGCAGGCGAUCAGGAGGAAGCACGCCGCAGCGAGCGGCAACGACUCGCUCCUCCGCACCACUUUGGAGUCAACCUUGCCAACCACGCCGCAAGACUCGGAUCGUCAGUCCCCUCCUUCGUCAGCUGAUCCGCCUGCCACACCGACCUCACCUGCCUCACCGGCAUCGCCUGCAUCACCGGCCAAUCUUGCGCCCAUCAAGGACGAAGACCUGGCCAAUCCACUGCAGCCAAACGCGGUCCGCGAUGAUCAGGGUCAGUCGGCUGCAGACUAUGACCCGAACGAGGACACGAACGAGGACCGCCCAGAUCACAAGCGGCCCGAUGUCGAGGAAAGUAAAGAGGCAGUACCAACUGUUCCUGAAGCCCCAAUAAAGGCUGCUGACGACUUUGACAUGUUCGCUGAUKAUGACAUCGACAUGUUCGCUGCUGAAGAUCCCACAACAGCGCCAGCCGCGUCCAAGCAAGGCCGUGCACUCGAUGAGAGUCUGUUGGACAACUGGGAUUACCCUGACGGUCACUACAAGAUUAUCAACGGCGAGCUUCUGGGCGGUCGCUACGCUGUUGAACAGCAGGUGGGCAAGGGCACGUUCGCGACUGUUGUGCGUGCGCGCGAUGCAGAUACUGGGAACAAAGUCGCCAUCAAGAUUGCCUGCAAGAAUGAUACCAUGUUGAAGGCAGGUCAGAAGGAAAUGCAAUUCCUGGAACUACUUAACGAGCGGGAUCCUGACGACAAAAGGUACAUCAUUCGGCUGCUGGGCAACUUCACGCACAAAGGCCACCUCUGUCUUGUCUUCGAGGGCCUGCACAUGGACUUGCGCGAGGUGCUGAAGAAGUUUGGACGCGAUAUUGGCAUCAAUCUUGACGCUGUCCGGAUCUACGCCUGUCAGAUGUUUCACGCUUUGGUCCAUAUGAAGAACACGGAAGUACUACACGCGGACCUCAAACCAGACAACAUCCUCGUUAACGAGAAGCGAACGAUGAUCAAAAUUUGUGAUUUCGGAACUGCAACGCUGAAGGGAGACACCGAACUCACUCCUUAUCUCGUAUCUCGAUUCUACCGCGCGCCGGAGGUCAUUCUGGSAAUGGAAUUUGAUUACGCCAUCGACAUGUGGGCUAUUGGAUGCACACUGUACGAACUGUACGUUGGCAGAAUCCUCUUCAACGGCUCGGACAACAAUAACAUGCUCCGCGUGAUUCAAGAAUGUCGAGGCAAACUGCCCAAUCGCCUCAUCAAGCGUGCGCAAUUGGCAAACAAGUACUUUGAUGACACGUUCACGUUCCAUGCGCUCGAGCGGGACAGGGUGACUGGAAAUACGGUUCUACGACCUACACACUUCGGUCAAGGCGUCACGGGCAAAGAUCUCAAGUCGAGACUUAACGGCAGCUUGAGUAGGAUGGCCCCGGCACAGCUCAAGGAACAUCAUCUCUUCGUCGACCUGUUGGAUAAGUGUUUGCAGCUGGAUCCGGAAAAGCGCAUCAAGCCGAAUGAUGCGCUCAAGCAUCCCUUCAUUCGAGGCUCCAUUAAGGAGACCAAGGGCAAGGUUGGCAUUGGUGCCACAACGCCAUUGUUUCGUCCUACGACUUUGGGAUAG